AGACAGUGGCCACAACAACGAACACACAGUUUCGACAGAUUCGAGGCGAGCAUUUUGUAGGGACGAUACUCUGAACCAACGAUGGGGGCCGAAGAAGGUCCUCUUCCUCGUAGGAGGCGAGUGGAGCUUCCAGAAGGAAUUCUGAUGGAGGUGUUCAAUAGGUUGCCUGUUAAAGACAUAGCGAGAUGCACGGUGCUUUCGAAAGACAUCUACAACCUAAUCCAUUCACAUGCUUUCUACAGGAUGUGGAUCUCGGCCAAUCUACAAGAAACAGUAAUACUGUUUUCAGAAAGAGACAACUUUUCAGAAAGUGACGACGACGCCGGUUGGAAUUCCAUACAUUCCAUAGAUCUGAUGGGCUUAGACCAGCCUGAUCACCUGCCGCCCCAUCUGGUUGAAAUCCCUCAUCCUUUGGCUGUGGAGGAUCGGGUUGAUAAGAUGUUUCUGCGGGGAUCCGUAAAGGGCGUCCUCUUGCUUGAAAUCGAGAAGGAGGGAGUGGGCAGCAGGUUCCAAAUCUGGAACCCUUACCUGAGGCUGUUGGGCCCUAUUAUCCCCCUCCCCCCUGGGGUCGCUGCUGCUGGUGGAGGGGAUGAGGUACAUUACACAGCCGUUGGUUUCGGUCAUUCCCAUGGUGACUUCCAUCUUCUCCUCCGCCUCCCCCAGGAGGAGGAAGAAGGAGCAGAGUUCUUGCGCCUCACAGUGCGUAUCUUCACCCUCCCAGUAGGUGGCAUCCAAAACCAGUGGACUUCUGUCACAAGUCCGUUCCUGCUCCCAGUCGGUUCCCAUCUCUCGGGCAUCACUACAAAUCCAUUCCAUGACCACACCGUCCUCUGGACCUCAAACCACCGGAACCGUUGGUCCGUCUCAGGCUUUAACUUUGAGAACCACACUUUCAUCCCUGCCAUUUCAUUCCCAUUGUGGGACAGCAGUGAUGGCCCCCGUAGCGCUCCGACCAUAAGGAUUUUAGGUGAUAGAAUCUGCACUUAUUGCGCCGCUACCAAUGCCACCGCGGAUGCUCAUCCUGUCGUCCUCUACCAACUUGGCGAUGAUGGCCGUUCUUGGACUAAAGCGGCGCGGUUCCAUCUCAUAUUCGAAGGCGAAGAAGAAGACGAAGACGAACCGGAACUGAAUGACAUGUUCAGAGAUUUUGUAGCUGCAACAUGGAAAAACCCAUGCCUCGUGGUGUACACAUCCGAGGACCAUAUCAUGGGAUAUGAUCCGGAAAACAAAUAAUUUUUCUACUUUGGUCUUCAACCUAUGCAAGACGACGACGACGACGAUCCUGAUCACCCAUCAUUUGCCGAGCUACAAGCAGCUGCCUAUCACCCUUCAUCUCUUUGGCCUUAUCCCAGAUGGAAUGACAAAAUGAGAAGAGAAUGACAUGUUAAGCUAUGGACAUUCAGAACACAAUGACAUUAUGCUCAUUGACAAUAUCCAACACUGAGGCCAUGUAGAAAUUAGCAGUGAAGAUAUGGAGGGGAUCAGGAGAUGGUUGAUUGAAUCUUAGGAGGUAUAAAUAUAUAAAAGGUGAUUACUAAUUGCAAAGAGAGGGCCAGACCAGAUGAUAGCUAGGCUAAUUGCAUGCACACAUGCUUUAAUCUGUUGCCCAAAUUAAACUUUUUUGAGACUCCCUUUACCCUAUUAUAUUAGCUAUUACUAUUUAGACAUUACUCAAGUAUGCAGCAACUCAUCUUUUGCAGUAACAUGCAUCAUGUAAAGGUCUUACCUGUUAUUAGUAAAGCAUGAUCUCUGUU